GUCUCUUCUGUCUUGUGGUGUAUGUGUGAAGACAGAGUUCCAGGAAAGUGCAUGUGAAGAGUGAAGGACGUGUUUUAUUUCACUCUGGGCUACUGAUCAAGUGGGUGCAUGUGGGCAGGACUUGAGAACAUGUUUAAGAUGGGAGAUGUGUUCUAUUUUUUCUUUUCCUGGCACAGUGUGUGCUAUAUUCUGAUGCUUGGUUCUGGUCUUGGGCCGGUACCAGAACUUCAGUCUCAGCAUUGGACCAUGAGGGGUCUGGCAGUCCAGCAGGUAGUGGAGAAGAGCCAUCUGAGAGUAAUGCAAAGAUCAAGGCAGAGAUUGUUGAUGUAGGAAAUAUAAUACAAUCAUUAAAAACUCUGGAUGUAAUGACGGAACCUCCUGGACUGCCUGCUGUAAGCUCUAAACCACAACUGGACAAUGAUGGUGCCUCAGAAAAUCAUACUUCAUGGAUGUCAUCAAAUAUAAGUGAACCGGCCAAUGGAACAUCUCUUCGAGAGGAACAAAGUGGAGUCUCCCUGCUGCAGCUGAUUGGGGAUCCUCCACCAGAUGAAAUCACUCAAAUCUAUGGUCCCAACAAUAUUCCAGGCUACGUAUUUGGUCCUGAUGCCAACACAGGACAGUUGGCCCGCACCCACCUGCCCAGCCCCUUCUAUCGAGACUUUGCACUCAUCUUCCACCUGAAACCAACCACUGACAAGGGUGGCAUCAUUUUCUCUAUCACAAAUGCCGAACAGAGAAUCAUGUAUGUGGGUGUUAAACUGUCAGACGUUCAGGGUGGCAACCAGAAUGUCAUCCUAUACUACACAAACCUGACUCGCAGCAGUCUUCUGAGGCAGCCAGGAUGA